AAGCUCAUAGCAUGGUGACAAACCAAGUCUAGGAUUUCAUCUCUCAUUCUUUUGUUUUCUUUCUUCUCUUCUCAUCUUCUUUUAUUUAUUUAUUCAUCUCUCCCUUGUGAUUCAACAAAGAAAUAGAGAGCUAUACGGAUAAUAACAUGAAUAAUAAUAAUAAUAAUAUGUCAACUUCUGAAUGUAGUAGUGGAUGUGAAUCUGGAUGGACUACUUACUUGGAUCAUUCCUCUGUUUCUGCUUAUCAAUAUGAUAAGACACAUUGGAGGAGCUUGGGAUUUAAUGUGGAUCAAGAAACUGAGGAUUUGUCUAUGGUUUCUGAUGCAUCAUCUGGGCCUAGGUACUUGUAUGAUGAAGAUCAGUCUUCUGCUUAUUUUUCGGCUUCGGGUUCGGGUUUUGUUUUCAAGCAGCAGCAGGGGACUAAGAAGCCGAAAAAUAAAAUGAAGGGUAUGGUAAUGAAGAAUGAAGAUGCUUUUCUUGAUGAUACUGCUAGCUCCCAUGUUUUUAAGAACAAUUCGAGUCAUUCCAUCAACCAAGAAACAAAUCAGGAUAACUCUGCAACUCAGCAUAAGGGGAAAUCUGCACUGAAGAAGGGUUUUGGAUUUCUGAAAUCUUCAGUUUCAGGGAAAGCAGCUUCACAGAAGUCAGGUGGUUUGCAGGGGAGGAAAUGGCAAUAAGGAAUUGCAUUGAUGGUGUAUCUUCUGUCUCUGCUGCAGCUACUCAAGAGAGAGAAAAAAUGCAGUAGAUUUUGAAGAUCUUGUUUUUUUUAACUAUCUUUAUUUAUUUGUUCCUGUUUGUUAUUGUUCUUGUCUAUGCAAAGGGAAACAACCUGAGCACAUAAAUAUUAAAAACAAAGAAAAAAGAAAAAAAUUUAUAUCCUCCUUUCUGUUC